AUGCUUGAGUCUCUUCUGUAUCGUAGCCACGAAUCUGUGCGCAUCGGCGAGAUUCACAGAUUUGUGGUCACCUACACGCCUGCAGACUCUAACCGCGCGCCGGCUCUGUACGCCAAGAUCAAAAAUGUCGAGAUGCUUCCCCUGCGUGCCGCCUAUUUGACAGGACCUUAUGUCUUGUACUGUGAUGUGCGACCCCAGGAUUAUUCGACCGAUAAGCCGUGUUUUGUCACCGCGGACCAGCCCGUUUACGACCCCAACUUGGCUGCCGGCCAAUCGCUCCGAGCAGAGCUCUCCAUGCACACCAUCAAGGACCGUUACGUGUGGGUGAUUGACGUUGUUAGUCAAAUGAUCUUCAGUUCCAGCUCAGAGGUCCAUUUCGAGCUCAUGAUCGGAAAGGAUCGCCAUUUCCUUCACAGACACAACUUUGGCGACCAAUUCGGCAUCUUCUCGUCCCAAUUACAGGUCGAUCAUCGAACCACCAUGGAUCUCUGGAAUAAACCUCCGUCUGCUCCAAAAGUACACCUUGUGGUCCUCACGCACGGCCUCCAUUCAAACGUCUCAGCAGACAUGUUCUACCUGAAAGAGCAGCUUGAAAAACAGGCAGAAUCGUCUGGAGAAACGCUCAUGAUUAGAGGAUACACGCACAACGUUUGCAAGACAGAACGAGGAGUCAAGUAUCUGGGGCGCCGCCUGGCAGAGUUCCUUGUUCAUGAGGCCAGCAAACACGAGGAGAUCGUCAAGAUCUCUUUCAUCGCGCACUCGCUGGGCGGUCUGGUCCAGACGUUUGCAAUCGCUUACAUCUCACAUAAUUAUCCAGACUUCUUCGAGAAACACAAGCCGGAGAAUUUCAUCGCUUUGGCGUCCCCGUUUUUGGGCAUUUCCAACGAAAACCCUGCAUACGUCAAGAUGGCGCUCAGUUUCGGUAUCAUGGGGAAAACAGGCCAGGAUCUGGGUCUCCAAGGUCUGCGGCCGUUGCUGAUGCUGCUACCAUCGAGACCAACGCGAAAAGUGCUACGACAGUUUAAAAGACGAACGAUUUACGCAAACGCCGUCCACGACGGGAUUGUCCCGCUGCGUACUUCGGCAUUGUUGUAUCUGGACUGGAAAGGUCUAGCCAAAGUCUACGAAGCACAGUCUGGAAACACUAAAACUUACAACCGGGGAAACGCAGAAGUUGGCGAAAUUCCAGACAACGUCGAGCCGGAGGACUUGGAUCUGCUCACUUCCAUGAAGUCCAAGAUCUUGUCGCCCCUCCAGACCUUGUUUUCUUACUGUGCGCCGUCCCAGAACGCAAAAUCCGGCCACAGGUACCAGCGCUACCAAAUCAACGGGAACGAGCCGCACGACUCGGUGGACGACGAUCUGGACCAGUACAAUCCUCUUCCGAAGUCAUCGGUUAUUGAGAGCAUCAAGCGAGUGCUGCUGCCGCCUUUGCCGCCGCUCAAGUUCAUCACCGACCCGGAGUCGCGUCCUAAUGUGAUUCUCCACGACAAAAUCUACAAGCCAGACAUGAUUCCACGCAGUCCCCUCCGGUCGUCCACGAGUCUUCUAGAGGUGAUUGACCCGAUGAAGCGGCAGAAGAUGAUUGAGGAGAAGAUCGCCAGACGCUGGCACCACGGAAUGACCUGGCGUAAGGUGUUGGUGAGUCUGCAACCAGACGCGCAUAAUAACAUUGUUGUUCGCAGACGGUUUGCGAACGCGUACGGGUGGCAGGUUGUUGAGCAUUUGGUGGAGAACCAUUUCUCGGCCAAGUGUGUUCAGGGCGAAGACCUGGCGGACUACGAGUGGAACCCGGGACACGACUGCAACGACCCUCACGUGGACGAGGACGACAAGCUAGACGAUAUUCUGGACAAACAGCACGACAAGGCUGCCAAAGAGGAGAAGAGUGACGCCGGGUCGCGGAAAUAUUCUGAGCCGAGCGUCACUACGCGGAACGUCAACGGGAUAAUCCAGAAGGAGAGUCAGAUGUCGACUUUGGAGCCGGACGACGACGUUUUGAGCGAGCACGACCUGAUGGACCCGUCCGAAUGGAUCAACGAUGCCGACUCGUUUGUCUACGACGGGCCCACGGGGAUGAUCAACGCCGUGAGCGAGAGCGUGAACGGCAAGGUGGAGACGUUCAAGACACUGUUCCAGAACGACGACGUUGCUGGUUCUGACCAUAUGGUCAGCCUUUCUGGACCGUAUUUGUGA